AUGGCUGUAGGCAACCUCGACCCAGAGCUUCGGCCUACAGAUCUGUCUGGUGGCACUGGAGCGCGAUUUGCGCGUGCCAUAAUAAUCGUAGCUGGCUCAUGUGCCCUUGUUGCCAGUCUGCUCACCUUUGUGAAGAACUACCGAAAACCCGUCCUACAGCGAUAUGUCGUCCGCAUUCUGCUCAUGGUGCCUAUUUACUCGGGUGCAUCAUGGGCGAGUCUGGUGUCCAUCACCGCAGCGUCCUAUGUAGAUCCUCUGCGAGACGUAUACGAGGCCUUCACCAUCUACACCUUCCUUCAGCUGUUGAUCAACUUCAUCGGAGGCGAGCGAGCCCUCAUUAUCCUCAUGACCGGUCGAGCACCCGUUCCCCAUCCAUGGCCACUAAAUCUCAUGUUUGAGAAGAUCGACAUCUCCGACCCGCAUACCUUCCUCGCUGUGAAACGUGGUAUCCUGCAAUAUGCAUGGGUGAAGCCAUUGCUUUCAGUUGCUGCCAUCAUCAUGAAAGCCACAGGCACAUACCAGGAGGGCUACAUAGGCUGGACGUCAGGCUACUUCUGGAGCGGCAUCAUCUACAACGUCAGCAUCACAAUCAGUCUCUAUGCGCUGGCCAUGUUCUGGGUUUGCAUGUCGCAGGACUUACAGCCUUUCAGACCUAUGCCCAAGUUCUUGUGCAUCAAGGGAAUCAUCUUCGCAUCCUAUUGGCAGGGUUUCUUCUUGUCCAUUUUGGUCUGGCUAGGAGCCAUUCCGGACGAUGUCCCAGGCUACAACCCCGACAAUCUUGCUGCCGCUAUUCAGGAUGCUCUCAUCUGCUUUGAGAUGCCCCUUUUUGCUAUGGCGCAUUGGUAUGCCUUCUCCUGGCACGACUAUGCAGAUGACACCAUUUCUGCUGCGCGACUGCCCGUCAAGUAUGCCUUGCGCGACUCCUUUGGCCCUCUGGAUCUUAUCCAAGACACCAAGGAAGUCUUUGCUGGGAGGCACUACGAAUAUCGGUACUUCGAUGCACGUGACAACGUCCUCGCCCAUGAGCAGUCAGCGUCGCGUGCUGCGCGCAUGGCUGAAGGCAUGAGGUACGAAAGAGGAGGAAAGGGCAAAUACUGGAUACCGAAACCAGGUCAGUCGGAGCAUGAGCCUCUUCUAAACAAGGUCUCGGGAAGUCGAGCCCGAGCCAUGAGUCCUGGACCCCAUCAAGCCUUGAAAGGCACCGGUGCCAUAACUGGCGCUCAUGACGAUGACAUGGAGGACCCCAACCUCAGUCCCGAGGACGAGCGACUGUUUGAGAGUGCACGUGAGCUAGAAUUUGGUGACUGGAAUUACCCCGUCAUCGAAGCGCAUCGAGCAUCGCGUGAGGAUCGACUGUACGGUGAGCCACCUGUCAUCACAGCGGCGACCAACCGCAACUUGCUGCAACCAACUGCGGCGAACAGGAAAAGGAGAAAGAGUCAGAUCAAGGACAUUCAAAAGUCGGUGGAUAAAGGCAAGCAUCGCAGCGACUCGAGCGCCAGCAAUGGCGAAUCUUCACACUCAAAAUCACAUCUGCCAAUCGUUGGCAAGCUACUACGACAAAAGUCGUCGUCAUCGAGCUCAGCAAAGUCUGACAAGAGUCAGCUAGUAGAUUUGGUCGUCGAAGACCACAAUGCCGAAGAAAUAGAGCGUGUACGUGCACGAAAAGAAGGCGGAUCUGCAUGGAACGAAGAGCCCGCGAAACAUUUCGUCAAAACGUUUCCCGGCGCAGGCGCAGAAGAGGAAGUCCGAGAAGGUUUUGCCCCCGACGUACCAGAAGCUCAUAACCCCGAAAUGAUUCAUAACCUGGACUAUCCGUUCACCGUGGAGGAAGAAAGUGAGGAAGAGCUGAAGAAAAAGGGUAUCAAACCUCCCAUCAAUGAAGAGGCCGAGCGGUGGGAGUCGCGUAACCUGGACGAUGAGCCUGACAACUCAAACGACGAUCGCCCGAGCCCGCAGUAUGCCAGUUUCAGAGAGGAGCGAAACAUCUGGAAUGACGACGACCGAUGA